AUGGCUGAGGCUGCUGAGCUCAGGAAGCUGUUACCAGAGAUGGAAUCCAAGGUGGAAUUACUGGAGCGAGAAGUUGAAUUCCUGAAGAAGGACAAAUCUGAGAAUGAAGAGAAAACUAGGGAUUUGGAGAAGAAAAUUGGGGCUCUGGAGAAAAAAGAUGUUGAUGAGAGGAACAAGUUGACUAGGAUUGAGGAGGAGUUGAGGGGGAAGAUUCAAGAGAAGGAAAUGGAGGUUUUGGAAUUAAGGCAGAAGACUAAGGAAGUGGAGAGCUUUGCAAAAUUUGAAGAGCUCGGAUAUGGAGGAGUUGAUACUGUGAAUGGUGGAGUGAAUGAAAAUGGGGUUAUUUCUAGGGAUGGGAAAGGGGUGAAGUGUUUGAAAGUUCAGUUGCCUGUGGUGGCAGUUGGUUCUACUGUUGUUGCAGCUACUGCUAUGAUCUGGUUCUACUUUGGGUUGAUCCAUGAAAAUAAUGACGAUGAUGGUUUCUUAUAUGGCUUAAUGUUUAUCAAGCCUGUGAAUUUUGAUUUCUUGUUGAAAAGUUAG